AGUAACAUUAUAUGAUUGUGUCAUUUCAUUUUUCGUGACAAAUAAAUCUUAUUUGGAAAUCUGAAUUUCUGUUUUCUUACAAAUUUACGCAUUAAUUGAUUUCCUGUAUUGUUUUUAAAGUGUUUGGGAAAAAAAUAACCAAUUUGCUAAUGGUGAAAACUUACAAUGGCUUCCUCUAACACUCUACAAAAAGCAAUCGACCUUGUCACUAAAGCCACAGAAGAAGAUAAAAACAAAAACUAUGAGGAGGCGCUACGUCUCUAUGAACAUGGAGUUGAAUACUUCUUGCAUGCUGUUAAAUAUGAGGCUCAAGGUGAACGGGCUAAGGAAAGUAUUAGAGCCAAAUGCCUUCAGUAUUUGGAUAGAGCUGAAAAACUAAAAGAGUACCUAAAGAAGGACAAAAAGAAAAAGCCUGUGAAGGAUGGUGAGUCCAAGAGUGAAGACAAGAAGAGUGACAGUGACAGUGAUUCAGAUGAUCCUGAGAAAAAGAAAUUACAGGGGAAACUUGAGGGUGCUAUUGUUGUUGAGAAACCACAUGUUAAGUGGAGUGAUGUUGCCGGCCUUGAAGCAGCUAAGGAAGCUCUGAAGGAAGCUGUUAUCCUGCCUAUUAAGUUUCCCCACUUGUUUACAGGCAAAAGAAUACCUUGGAAGGGCAUCCUUCUUUUUGGGCCUCCUGGUACAGGUAAAUCUUAUCUAGCUAAGGCAGUUGCUACUGAAGCAAAUAAUUCUACAUUCUUUUCAGUUUCUUCUUCAGAUCUUGUAUCUAAAUGGCUUGGUGAGUCAGAGAAGUUGGUCAAGAACCUAUUUGAGCUUGCUCGUCAACACAAGCCGAGUAUCAUUUUCAUUGAUGAAAUAGAUUCUUUAUGUUCAUCACGUUCCGACAAUGAAUCUGAAUCUGCCAGGAGGAUUAAAACUGAAUUCCUUGUACAAAUGCAGGGCGUAGGAAAUGAUAUGGAUGGUAUCUUAGUUCUCGGCGCCACAAAUAUACCCUGGGUUCUUGAUGCUGCCAUUAGACGACGUUUCGAGAAACGUAUUUACAUUGCUCUGCCCGAGGAACACGCUCGAUUGGACAUGUUCAAGCUUCACCUAGGAAACACAAAACACAUGUUGACUGAGCAAGACAUGAAAGUCCUGGCUGCGAAAACUGAAGGCUAUUCUGGAGCUGAUAUAAGCAUUGUAGUGAGAGAUGCUUUAAUGCAGCCAGUCCGUAAAGUGCAAUCAGCAACACAUUUCAAGAAAAUUUCUGGGCCUAGUCCAAAAGAUCCUAAUCUCAUUGUGAAUGACCUUUUAACACCAUGCUCUCCUGGUGAUAAAGGGGCUAUGGAGAUGACCUGGAUGGAGGUACCUGGCGAAAAAUUGGGUGAACCUCCAGUUACAAUGUCAGACAUGCUUCGAUCGCUAGCCACGUCUAAGCCUACCGUCAAUGAUGAUGACAUGGUUAAGUUGAAGAAGUUCAUGGAUGACUUUGGUCAGGAAGGUUAAAAAAAAAUGUUUAAAGUUAUUGAGCACUUAAAUAAUUUGUAUCACAUGUUGAAAUAAUUACUGUUAAGCUCCUGAAUGUAACUAGCAAAAUGUAUGAAUUUUAUUGUAUGCUUCACAUGAUGAACUGGGGUUUGACAAAAUUACUUUUUUUACUUUUUCGAUUACCACUGGCUACUUGGCAAAGAAAAAUGGUGGUUGGUUUACAAUCGGAAGCAAAUCUAGACAUGCAUUGCGACCUCGGAUGUAAAAAAGUGGUUUAAUAAAAUGAAAAUAGGAUUUGUUUACUUGAUGUAUCUUAAUCUAAAGUUGUUUACAGGGCCUUUUGUUUUGAGAAUGUCUGUAAUCUAUUUAUUUACAUGAGCAGAUGAUCUAGAUUAAAUUGAACAAUGUGCCUGUUUAACACAUUCACUGCCUCGACCCGCUAGGCGAGUUUUCUGUUCAUAGGCGUUUUUUGCUACAUAUGGGUUUUCCCGUGUUAUCAGCUAUGAAGCCGAACGAAGCACUUAGCACGUGCAGGCAGUGAAUGCUAGCAGUUUAAUACUAGUUUAAGAUUAAAUUGGUACAAGAACUUUUGCAUUUGAUUUUACGUAGGCAUAAAAAACGGUACCUAUUUCAAUUAAAUCACUUGUUUGUAGAAACUUAUUAAUUGCUAGUGUUUAUUAGUUUUGGCUUGUUUGUAACGUGUUAAGCUGCAAGAAGUAGCUACACGCCUACCUAAAAAUUCAUUAUCAUAUUUGCUACUUAUGAUUGACUCGAUAGUAGUCGUGGUAGAAAAGCAGUUGAGUUGAGAUACAGGUUAACACUUCAUCAUGCUCUUUAACAGCCCCAAGUUUUUAUUAUCUUCCGACACAGCAUAAGGUCUACUAUUUUGGCUUGUGCAUUGCUUGUAUCGUCGAUAAUAUCCAUAUUUUAUUUGUCUCGUAUGACUGUAUUUAAAAAUUGUUCCCUAUAUAUAUAUGUAGGUAUUCCACUGGAUGUAAGUAAAUCUGUUCAUAACUGUUCUGUAUUUAAAGACCUACUACAUCAAGUUAGGUAUUAUGCCGCGCAUUGAAGAUGGGAUUUGGUCGUUUAUGUCCCUUUUCGUGUUUAGGGUUCCGUAUUCAUAAUGACAAUGAGACCCUAGCUGUUUUUAUUUGAUUCGUAUUCUCUGAUAUUAAUUUGUCGAUUGUAAUAUUCGUAAUGCCUAAAAAGUCAACGGCUUCACGUUUUUCUCAUUAUAACAAGUUAAUUAGGUAGGUCCCUUAUAUUAUACUUAUGUGAAAUGUACUUUCAUCUUUUAUUUUUGUAAUAAUAUUGUUAAGAGAGUAUAAAUAAAUAUUAUUAAUUAAAA